AUGAUUGAAAAGGCGAAAUGCUGCCUUGUUAUGUUUGAUGAAAUGUACCUUUCAUGCCACGUCCAUUAUAAUAGAAAAGAUGACUGCAUAAAUGGAAUAGAAAAUGGGGGAAUUGUUGAUGAUGCGAAUGUUUUCAUGAUACAAGGUGUAUAUUCUAAAUGGAAGCAACCAGUAUGCUUCACUUUUAGUAGUGGGUCAGCAAAAAGUGGAAUGUUGAAAAAUAUGCUAACUGAAGUCAUAAAAAAAUGUCAGGAGAUAGGAUUGCAUGUUGUCGCAACUGUCUGCGAUCAAGCCUCUGCAGAUAGGACGGGACUGGAGUCAGGAGCUGUUGACACUGCCGAAUUGAUUUUGUUCUUUGACAAGCUAUUUGACAGUCUGAAUAGUAAUACGAAGACUGCACCUUCUUCAAAGCCACUGAAAGGAGGUUUACGCAAACUACUGAACAUGAGUGAUAUGGAUAUUAGCCAUAGAAAUACUAAAUUCAAUGAGGUUUUACAGAAUAAAGCUUUUGUCACAGUUCCUUAAAAAAUUUAAUCCACACCAUUAAAGGUAUUAUCCAUUUGAAAGGUAUUCUUCUUGAAAAACAUAAUUUUUCGUAUAUCUUUACUAAAUGUUUCAAUCAAGAUGCUUUGGAAAAUUUUUUUAGUGAUAUUAGUCACGGGGUUAGGAAUGUUUCUCCUGGUGCAACUCAUUUUACAACUUCCUAUAAAACGUUAUUAGUUAACAACUUCAUGUCCCAUCAUUCACCAUUUUCUAAUUGUGAAAAAGACUCGGCCUCCUUAUUAAACAACUUGAAAAAAUUCCUCGCAUAUCUCCUGAACUAUCGAUGACCUUAUCUGAUAAAGAGAUAACAAGGCACUGUCAGGCUGAUAAGAGAUCCGUGGCAAUGCAUGUGUGAUAUCAAUAGAUGCUGUUCAAAUUGCUUAUGCACGCGAUAGUACAUCGGCAAUACCGACUAUUUUUAGAUUUCUAACAACUUGUAUAACUG